UGAAGUGACUGUCGGCGGAUCUCUCUCACGCGCUUUAAACACGGUCGCGCGCAUUCGGAGAACUCGGUUGGGUCUGUGAUGCUUGUUUCGCCGACUGUCGCUAAAAAAAUAUUCAGGUUAUCCACCACAAGAAAUGUAUUACCAGCACAUGGAGGGAACGCUGAUGCCGGUUGCAGUGUUGGAAAAUUGGAGAGGGGUAAUGCUGUGCUGAGUCAAGAAAUUUUGUAGAGGUCAGGGAUGGUGGAAGAGGACGGUCAUGUGGUGAAGGAGAAAACAGAGGCACGGACAUCGGAAUGCAACGGGCUGUCUCACUGCUGCCCUUCCUGCUUGCGCUCAUGGGAUAUGCUUUUGCAGGGCUCAGUAUCUGGCCCUCCUUCCACGUUGCUCUUAGCAACGCCAGUGUAUUUGUGGAAUUCAGCACUAGAUCCAACAGCAGCACCAUCCGCAACACAAGCCUCUCUCUGGUCAACACGGAAACCAACACCACCCUUCUCACAAGGACUCUCCCCAACAACCAAUCGGCCGGUAGGGUGGAGUUCAACUGUUCUUGCUUCCUGUAUGCAGGAACUUUCCGAUUCCUGCUGAGGCAGACCAGCAUCUCUACUUUUUCUCGUGCUAAUGGCACCCACGACAGUAGCACAGAGAGCACUUCCUGGUGGUGGAGUUCCGAACUGCAGGUGCAAUGGCCCACCUUUCACAUCGCUGUGGACAGGGCUGGAAACCACUCAGGAUCUUUUCAGGUUGGGAUAUCCACUAACGAACACUUUCAGCCUUGCUCCAGCGGCAUUGACUCGGCUCUCUUUCUAGAAGUCAGCUACAUGGAGUACAACCAGAUUGGGCGAAACAGCAUCGACAAGGUCCAAGCCCGCACCCGACACCCAAUCAAACCCCUCCGUUCCCAGAGUGUUGAGCUGUCCUGUGCUUUCCCCUUCACAGAAAGAGACUUCAUACGAGUGGCUCUACGGUCUCCUCAUUCAGAACAGGAUGUGAAGAGCUCUGGACCUCUCUACCUGUCCCGUAUCUUCUCCUAUAAGCUGCUGGUGGAAAACACCCAUGCUUACAGGAGUGCUUGUGAAGGGACUAUGACUGUUAAACUGAUAACCCCACCUUGUGCUCACAUCAAUGGCAAAGUAAUGCUGUAUAAGGAUGCGGGUGUUGGAAGAGGGGUUGCUGUUUCCUCUGGGAUGGAAGCAGGUGGAACAGCAGUGAUGGAGUUUGGACCAGAUGAGCCCUCUUCACCUCUGUUGGCCUUUAACUGGCUGACUCAGGGAGAGAAUGAGACAGAAUUCAACUGUUCUGUGUUUUACCCAGGAAGGAAUAAGUACUGCUUUCGCUUUGUUUUCAACUUCAGUCGCUCCCCUAGUCCAGCACAGACCUGUUUGGUGGUUCACAGGAGUAUAGAGUCAUGGGGCCCGUGGCUGCCAUGGAGUGUGUGCAGUGUGAGCUGUGGAGAGGGGAUGAGGGAAAGAGUGCGUGAGUGUUUGCUGCCCUCAGGUGUGGGAGGGAUGCAGUGCACCGGCAUGGUGAAGGAACAGUCUCUCUGCUCACUGGAGGACUGUGCCGUGUUGCCUGUUCCUUCUCCAUCCCUCCCCCCUGUGGCUGUCAGAGUUGUGCCCCUAGGUGGUAACAUGGUUGUGGUGGCUGGUAUCUCCCUUUGCCUAGCUGUGAUUCUGGCUACUGUUGUGGUGACUUUGUGGAGAAAGCUUUGCAAGACCCCUCAGUGCAGCUCUGUCCGCAGAGGCUCCAUGCAUUCCCCUGGAGGACGCAAGCUUUCCGAUGAGGCAUCCAUUUGUGGCCACAGCCUCCAAAGACCCAGCCUGUCUGACGGCCACGGCCCCCCAGGUGGCGUGGGUGUAGCCCAGAAAGACAGGCCUUUCCUGGGCAGUCAGCCUCUCUCACAGACCCUGUUGAUACCUCUCUCACAGGACCCAGAAAGACUGUCCCCCACAGGUCAGAAGAUGUUGCCACCAAUAUUUGGGUACCGAUUGGCUCAGCAGCAGUUGAAAGAAAUGAAGAAGAAGGGGUUAAAGGAGGCAACACAGCUGUACCACGUCUCUUCAAGCCCAGUUCAUGACACUGUGGUGGAGACAUCAGCUUCCCCCACAAACUCCCCCAUCCCUGCACCAACUGGAUUCGCUCAUCUCACACUCCCUUUGGGCCUCCAGGACGACGCUAACCACAAUCAUUUUUGUAUUGCAGAGCCUCCAUCGCAGACUUCUAGGGUCACGCCGGACAGACUGAGUCCCAGAGUGGAGCUGGUCUUAGGUCCUUCUGUCUCUGCUCAUGCUAGUGGGGGCAGCUCAAAAUGGCGUGACCGCACUGCUGACUGGGUGGAGAUGGUAGAGAGGAGUGGGUUAGCAGGUUUCAGAGGAGGAGGAGAUGCAGGGAUGGAAAACUCCUAUCAUAAGAAUCCAAAUUUCCGCAGGACCUCCAGUUUUAAUGACACCAAACCCCAGCCUCUAUCCUCUGUACACUCCAGACAGUUCAGAGAAAGGAGCAUGACUCAGGUGGGAUCUCGGACCCUUCCUGAAGGAAGUUGUUGGACUAAAGCAGGACGGGAGAGGCAGCCAUACAGCUCUUGCCCCAUUCCAGAGUACGGGGCCCCAGAGUGGGCUAAAUCCAGACCACAGAGAAAUGACCAGAGGAAGCCCUGGAUAGAGAAAGCUGCUCCUUCUCACAACAAUGAACUCAAACACACAGGAACCAACACAAACAGCAUAUCAGCAUCUGAGAAACAUGUUAAAGCAAACCUCAGUGGCACUGGGGAAAGGCAAAGGAGUGAUGAGACAGGAGGUGUUGAGGGAAUCUCAGGGAUUGGGGGUCCAGCCACGGGGCCUGCCAGCCUGAGUGUGGAUCGCGCACAGCGAGCUGAGCAGAACUGGAACCGUCGCGGCCCAUCGCCUAUUCAGAGGAACAUCCUGGCCCGGAAAUUAAAGGAGGCUCAGUCGUGCUCUGGGGUCAAAGGGCGGCAGCGCAGCUCCACCUUUAGUGUAUCGCCCCUGGAGCAGAGGAAAAGUCUCUGCCACUCUCUGCCAAUGUCUGGAGGCUGCAGCAGCAGUGGGGGCUCACCCUACAGGCUGAGUGAGGCAGAGCAGAGGAUGUUGGACCUAGAUCUGUCCUCAGCAUAUGUAGGGGAAGAGGAGUAGAGGUAUGUAGUACUAUACAGCAGGAAUUGCUAUCGCUAUUAGCAUUUAUUCCUAACAUAAAUCCUCUCCGCUACAUCUGUGACCUAAUCUUAAAGUGCUCAUAUUAUGCUUUUUGGCUUUUCCCCUUUCCUUUAUUGUGUUAUAUACCUUUUUGUGCACAUUAUAGGUUUACAAAGUGAAAACGCCUAAAGUCCAUCCUUCCAGACCUCCACCUCUUCCAGAGAAAACACUCUUCACAAACACGCCAAACAGCUCUAAUAUAGUCCUGCCUUCAUUUCCUUGACAAACGUGCGUCACUUUGUAACACACGUUAUAAUGCUCACCUAGCUGCUAGUGUGGCACUUCCUCAUACUCUGCAACUGACAAGCUA